AUGGAUAAUUUCAUAUCAGUAUCUGAACAAUUCUUUUUAGAAAAUGGUAUUGAACAAGGUAUCCGAAAUGAUGGUAGAGAUAUAUUUGAUUUUAGGAUCCCAUUAGUAGAAUUAGGUGUAAUUACAUCAGCUAAUGGAUCAGCUAGAAUAAGGAAUGAUGAAGUAGAUAUCUUAACUACUAUAAAGUGUGAAGUUUCAUCUCCAACUAAAAAUCCAACAUGGGGAGACAUAAUUAUAAAUAUUGAUUGUCCUAUUAAUGAUAAGAAUGAUGAGGAUUAUACUUUAGAUUUAUCAAAUACAAUUAAAGAUUUAUGUUUUAAUAACUUUGAUUUAUCUAAACUUUGCAUAUUAUCUAAUUAUUUAUGUUGGAAUAUCUUCAUAGAUAUAAUGAUUAUUUCAAAUGGUGGAAAUAUUUUAGAUUGGCUUGUAUUUAGUAUUCAUUGUGCUUUAAGGAAUUCAAGAAUACCUCAAGUUACUGCUAAAGUUGAAAUUGAAGAUGGAGAAGAGAAAUCAAACUUACAAGUUAAUCCUUUAAUAGAAGAAGGUAUACCAUUUCCUAUAAAAGGUAUUCCAUUAGUAAUAACAGCAGGUUAUAUUAGAAAUAAAAUAGUUUGGGAUAUGAAUAUUCAAGAGGAGGCAUGUGCUAAAGCUAUUAUAGCCAUUUCAGUUGAUGAAUAUGGUCAUUGUUGUGGAAUAAAGAAAUUAAACUCUGUUUGCUUUGAAUUCCCUUUAAUUAAAACUUUAAUUUCUAGUGCUAAUGUAACUUCAAAUACUUUAUUUAAUAUUUUAGAUAAGUUUUUUAAUAAGAUUGAACCUUAA